AUGCCGAGUUCUUGUCAAGAUAUCCGAGCUGCACUAGCACAAUGUCUCCAAGAGUCAGACUGUGUCAUGAUUUAUCGCAAUAAGCCUUCCGAUUGUCUGCGAGCUCCUCUCCUCGAGACUAUGCCGACCAAGUGUCAACAAUUGAAGACAGGCUACGGUGAAUGCAAACGAGGCUUAGUCGAUAUGCGCAAACGAUUCAGAGGCAAUCAACCAAUUUCUGUGAGCAAGGAGAUUGAAGGAGGGGGGGAGAGAAACACCGGUGGGCAUAUGCUCUAUGCUGGAAAGCCAGCUUUCGAAAGCGGAGUCAAAGAGACGAGCGGAAACGAGCCCGAAGAGAAGGAUUGGAGGCAGUUGGAGAACGAGAGAUACAGAAAGGAGUAA